UAUACUGGUGUGUUGAGCGCGCGCGAACAUUACUAGUGGCAGAGUGACCCGCGCCUUGCCCACGCGCCGCACACUUCGCGGUAUAAAUCUUGUCGUUAACCUUACUGCCUCCUGACUAACUGCUAAAUAAGUAACUUGAAUUGCACCAGUGCGUAGUGAAUACCCGUGUUGGAGAUUUAAUUGAACCGUGAAAAUGGAGGCGCUGAGUAGGCUUGUGGCGGGCUACCAUGACCUGAUGGAUAACAAGAGCGAUCAAAGAGUCAAAGAUUGGUUCCUCAUGUCCUCACCCUUCCCCACCUUGGCGAUAUGUCUUACAUACGUCUUCAUCGUCAAAGUACUUGGACCGAAGCUAAUGGAAAAUAGGAAACCAUUCGAAUUGAAGCAAGUUCUCAUUUGGUAUAACUUGUUCCAAGUUAUAUUCAGCUGUUGGCUCUUUUAUGAGAGUAUAGUCAGUGGGUGGUUCACGACGUAUAGUUUCCGAUGUCAACCAGUAGACUAUUCAAACACUCCAGAAACAUUACGGACCGUCAACGGCUGUUGGUGGUAUUACUUCUCGAAGUUUACAGAGUUCUUUGACACGUUCUUCUUCGUGAUGCGCAAGAAGUUUGAUCACGUGUCAAAGCUGCACGUCAUUCACCACGGUAUCAUGCCAAUGUCCGUUUGGUUUGGCGUCAAAUUUACACCUGGUGGUCACUCCACAUUCUUCGGUAUGCUCAAUACUUUCGUACACAUCGUAAUGUAUUCGUAUUACUUGCUGGCAGCCCUCGGACCGCAGGUUCAGAAGUAUCUGUGGUGGAAGAAAUACCUAACCGCUCUUCAAAUGGUCCAGUUCGUACUCGUGUUCAUUCAUGCGUUCCAGCUACUGUUCAUCGACUGCGAUUAUCCGCGAGCAUUCGUUUGGUGGAUCGGCAUGCACGCCGUACUCUUCUACUAUCUGUUUUCUGAUUUCUACAAACAGGCCUACCUCAGGAAGAGCAAGAAGGCCAAAUCUAUGAUGAAAGUGGAGGACGAACCAGUCAAGUAUGAAACAAAGGAGAUGAAGCUUCCACUGCUGAACGGUUUCAGCAAUGGCUCAGCACUUGGUGACGUUCGGCAAAGGAUGGCGGGUGCCGUGGCUUCACAGUGAAUCUGCCUCACUAUCUUAUAUACACACCCAUAGAAAAUGAAGCAAUGGAAUUGUUACAUUGUAUAUAUACAUAUAUAUGUGUGUACGAUUCCACAAACUCCAUUGUAAGAAACAAAGACAAUAUACCACAAAAAGCCUAAAAGCGGCUGCAGUUUUCGUCGGGAGAAAGCUCAAUUAUUUUUAAGUCAUCUAUUUAGUGAUUUUAGUAACUUUUAGUUUAGAAAUAAUACAAAAUUACAAUUUUUUUUUGCAUCUAACUUAGCUAUUUAUUUUGGUGGAUACGGUAGGGCUAAGGUGGCCAUUGUUGACUUCGUUAUUUAUAUCAGGGUUUUGUAUGGAAAACUAUCACCAAAAAAAA